CCGCCUUCAAUUGUCGUCCUGUGUAAACGUGUUUACCUCCACGAAGAAAAAAAAAGAUUUUAGACAUGGUUUUAGAGAAAAAAGACGACAAGAAAGCCCAGAAUCAGGAUGCGAGAAUGAGGAGGAAUCAGCUGAUCCGGGAGCUAUGGAGGAAAACUGAAUUGAUGAACCUAUGGAUGACGAAGCAGGAGAAAAUGAUUCAGGGCUAUUACCGCGUGCUUGCGAGAUUGCGGGAGGAAAUCUUCAGUAUGUGGCGGAUGAUUGCUGCGAAUAGCACAAAGUGCAGAAAUGAUUUCAUGAGAUACACAAUUGCUGGACGAGAGAUUGGUGUACGUCGUCUGUGGAUGGUGGAGAGGAGAAUUUAUGGGAAGCUCAAAGCUGGACGGAAGCUCUUUAGACGUAUCCAAAAGAAGACUACGAUGGCCAAGUACUUCGGGAAGUCUUUCUUGCAGAUGAUUAGAGACAGAACUAAUGAGAUUCACAAGUCAAUUGAGCCGCAAAAGGACAAGAGUACUAAAGAGGCGGAUGAAGACACGACUCGUGGUUGUCCUGAUUCCAAGAAUCAGGAUGAUUAGAGAUCCUCAAUAAAUUAAAUCCUUAAGAAAUAAA